AUGAUGACUUUAAAUUUGUUAAAAUUUGAUAUUAUUUCUGGUCUUUUUGGUUUUGUUAUUGGAUUUUUAUCAUUAUGGAUAUUAUUUAAAUGGCGUCAAUGUAAAGAAAAACAAGAGAAAUUAAAUUCAAUGAUAUCAACUAUUAAAUAUAGUCAAUCUUUACAUUGGAAUCCAUUAGAAGAACGACGUGGUUUAGGUGAUCUUAUCGUAAAAGUUAAUCAUAUAGCAAUAACUGUAUCUGAUGUUGGUCGAUCAAUUAGUUUUUAUGUUGAUAUAUUAGGAUUUCAACAAGUUCGUCGACCUACAUUCGAUCGUCAUGGUGCUUGGUUAACAAUGGGUAAUAUUGAACUUCAUUUAAUAAAAGGUAUACCUACUGUACCAAAUAUAGAUGAUAUUCAUGUUUCACAUAUUGCAUUCGAAACAUUAGAUAUCAAUAAACUUGUUAACAAAUUACGUCAAUUAAAUAUUGAUGUUCGUCAAAGUCUAUUAAUACCUAAUAUAAAUAAAUCAAAAUCUAAAAAUAAAACACUUAUUUAUCAAUAUUUCUUUAAUGAUCCAGAUGGAUAUUAUUUAGAAGUAUGUAAUUGUCAUAUUAUAACAGAAUAUGCAUUAAAUAAAGAUAAAACUAUUUAUGAUAUUGAUUAUCAUGAAGGAAUUUCAAAUAAAAAAAUCUUUACUAUUAUUCAAGCUUUUUCACAUUGGAAAGAAAAAACUGAAAAAUAUACUGAUCAACAAUUUUAUAAUUUGUUAAAACAAAUACCUCGAGCUAAUCAAAUUGACGAAAAUAAAUUCAAAAAUCUUGUUAAACGACGUUCAAUACAUGGAGAUUUAAUGCAAUUAUUUACUGAUGAAGAUAUUAAAGAAGCUUUACUUCAAACAAAUAAUAUCGUUCCAUUAACAAUUAAAAUUUUAACUCGAAAAAUUCGUCAAAACAACUUUUUUCAACCAUCUUCAGUCAUUGACAAUGAACAAUCAAACGAGACUCAAUCAUCUAUUAUCGAUACAAAUCAUUCUAAUUAA